CCAUCCGUAUUGCACACGCCACUACAACGUUUUCAUUUAAAUUUAAUGCAAAUGUACCCGGACACAAAUAAAUGAUUUGCAAGUUGGACGACCAAAGCCAAAAGAAGAAGUUAGUUACGUUGCUAAAUUACAAGUUAACAUAUACUGAGCAGUGCUAAGAGUCGGCUCCACCCCACAGCUGCUGUUGUCAGACAACGACCAGAGGCAACGUUAGGCAAUAAUUAAUAUUUUCUAACAACUAAACAGCUGCCAUGGCCUCAGGUGGGGCCCCAAUAGCAGGGGCCAACAAUUUGGCCACCAAAGUGGAGCUGACCAUCUCGUGUGAGCGCCUGAUGGACAUGGACGUCUUCUCGAAGUCUGACCCUCUGUGUGCCUUGUACAUCAACUCUUCAGGCUCCCAGUGGCAUGAGUUUGGACGCACAGAGAUGAUCCUGAACUGCCUGAAUCCAAAGUUUGCCAAGAAGUUUGUGAUCGACUACUAUUUCGAGAUGAUGCAGAGGCUGAAGUUUUGCGUGUAUGACAUUGACAAUAACACCUAUGACCUGAGUGAUGAUGAUUUUCUAGGGGAGCUUGAAUGUACCCUGGGACAGAUUGUUUCUAACAGGCAGAUGACUCGAUCUUUACUGCUGCAUGACAAGAGGCCUGCAGGUCGAGGAACCAUCACAAUCUGUGCUGAAGAAAUAACUGACACCAGAAUGGCAAACUUUGAGGUGUCAGCCCGCAGGUUGGACAAAAAGUUUCUAUGGUGGUCUGACCCUUUCCUGGAGUUCUACAAGCAGUCAGAAAUGGGAUGGCUGCUGGCUCACAGGACAGAGGUGGUAAACAACAACCUACACCCAAUAUGGAAGCCCUUCCGCAUCUCAUUGCGAUCUCUCUGUGGAGGAGAUGUGGAGAGACCUAUAAAGGUCGAGUGUUAUGACCACCAUGUCAACGGCUCCCACAACCUCAUCGGGAGCUUUAAAGCCACGCUUGCCGAGUUGCAACUGGGAAAACACUUUUCCCCGGCUGAAUUUGAGUGCAUUAACCAAAAAAAGUUAAAGAAGAAGAACUAUAAAAACUCCGGGGUCAUUUGCAUCAAGAACUGCCAGGUGGUGAAGGAGUACACCUUCCUGGAUUAUAUUAUGGGAGGCUGUCAAAUCAACUUCACUAUUGCCAUUGACUUCACAGGCUCUAACGGGGAUCCCAGCUCUCCCAAGUCCCUCCACUACAUCAACCCUGAAGGCUAUAAUGAAUACCUGAAUGCCAUCUGGGCAGUGGGUAAUAUCAUCCAGGACUAUGACAGUAACAAGAUGUUUCCAGUCUUUGGUUUUGGCGCCCAGCUCCCUUUGUCCACGCAGGUUUCCCACGAGUUUCCUGUCAAUUUCAAUCCAGCAAAUCCAUUCUGCGCCGGCAUAGAGGGUGUGGUGCAGGCCUACCAACAGUGUCUACCCCAGUUGAAGCUCUGGGGCCCGACCAACUUCUCUCCGAUCAUCAACCAUGUAGCCUGCUUUGCCAGACAAGGUCUUCGGCAGAAUCUGGCCUCACAAUACUUUGUGCUGCUCAUCAUCACAGAUGGAGUGAUCACAGACAUGGACCAGACACGCACUGCUAUUGUGGAGGCCUCUCGUCUGCCCAUGUCCAUCAUCAUAGUGGGUGUGGGCGGUGCAGACUUCGGUGAAAUGGAGUUCCUUGACAGUGAUGAUAAAUUGCUGUGUUCGCCCAGAGGUGAUGUCGCCUCAAGAGACAUCAUCCAGUUUGUGCCCUUCAGAGAUUUCCAAGGAAACAACGUGGCCCUUGCUCAGAGCGUCCUGGCGGAGCUGCCUGAUCAAGUGGCUUCCUUCUUUAAUUCUUACAAGCUGAAACCCCCUCAAAUAUUCAGUGUUUCUGACCCGUCUUAGAAAUGUGGGUUAAAGUAACCGAAAUACUUCAUGUUUACUAUUUAUUUGCAUCCCCUGAACCACUUUCUCUAUUUACUGUAUGGAAUGGUGCAAUUAAAUGCCAAAUUAACAUAGGUGAAAGAAAUAACAAAAUAAAUUAUAAUUAACCUUUAACCUGUGACAGGGAUUUUUAUUAUUGUUUUAAUUGGAUUUGACUUGAUUUAAAAUGCAUAAUAUGUCAUUUUCUGCAACUAAGGGUCUCUGACAAAACACUAACAGAAGACGGAGUUUGGUGGCAUCAUGAAGUGACGUGGUAUCAUGGGAGUUGAUCAUUGCAGUCAGCUUCUCCCGGUUAGGAUUCCUUUCGUUCAGGAGGUUUUUAUCGGGAGCAGAAUUAUCCGCAGAGGUCUAGUUGUUUCAAGACAUUUUAAUGUGGAAAUCUUACAUAUUAUACCUUUUAAAGUUCAUAUGUGUUGUGACCAAUAGACUUGCUUGUGUAGUGCAUGCAACACUUGACAUGUUGGUAUGGCUCUUUUGAUUAAAUGUCAUUAUUUAUCUUUCUUUUUCCUGCAUUACCUCCUGUCUGCUGUUACUUUACACACUAUCUCAAUGCUAUAAUCCAUAUUUCUGAGAGGCAAGUUUUGUGUCUUUAUCUUCAAAUCAUCUGAGAAAGCAAAAAUAUAUUACACACUGUAUGCAACUUUCAAUAAAAAUACCAUUAAAUUAA